GUGCAGUAGUUGCAGCAGCAGGCAGUAGACUACAAGUACUAGUUUCGGCAGGGCAUUGAGAUGUCAAACGGAGGUGGUGAGAUACGAUUUGAGCAUGAAAGCAGUGGUAUUGAUGCAAGAAUGGUGAUAGGUGACGAUGUCGGUGCGGAACGAUUACAUGUGGACCCUGUUGAGCUUGGAUACCACAACACCUCGAUGGGCCGUUUGAUCCGGAAUGUGCGGAGGCAGGAGCGCACCGACUUGAUCAACAGGUUCCUCUCAAUCAACAUGGACGCGAAGGUGGGGACAGUCGUGGAGUUGCGUUCAUUUUAUUACGUGAUGGUGAGGGUCGUUGUUACGCUGCGCGUUCUUCGAGAAACGGCACCAAUGGGCGGUGUCAUACAGGUGGCCCCUGCACUUGAGAACCUCUAG